AUGGGCGGCCCUCACUCCCAUGAGAGGUUCCAUUCAGGCCACAACAAUGAAGGCUUCUGCAGCCGGAUUCAUACCGAACUGCAGAAGAGAGAGCCACAAGACCUCUCUUUGUGCCUUCUUCCGCAUUGUUCUGGGAAGAUCAUCAUGGCAAUUAUGGUGGUGUGGCUGGUUUGCUAUAUUCUCACCCUGACGGAUGUGCUUCCAAACAACCCAAAUCAUUACGGUUACAAGGCUCGCACUGAUGCCCGGGGCGAUAUUAUGACCCAGGCACCAUGGUUUCGUUUCCCUUAUCCUUGUCAGUGGGGUUUACCCACAGUGACGGUAGCAGGAGUGCUAGGAAUGUUUAGUGCCACUCUAGCUGGUGUUGUUGAGUAUUGUGCUCGUCUCUCCGGAGCUCCACCUCCUCCUGUUCAUGCUAUCAACAGGGGGAUCUUUACAGAGGGAGUGUGCUGUAUCAUAGCGGGGCUGCUGGGCACAGGAAAUGGAUCGACCUCUUCCAGUCCUAACAUACGGGUGCUUAGCAUCACCAAGGUGGGAAGUAGGAGGGUGAUACAGUAUGGAGCAGGCAUAAUGCUUUUAUUGGGAACUAUUGGGAAGUUCACGCUGUUUGCCUCCUUACCUGACCCUAUCCUCGGAGGGAUGUUCUGCACCUUGUUUGACCUGACUGACAGCUAA